GUCUGUGAACUUCACUGACCUCAAAACAAGCGAGAAACUCCCUCACCGCAACGAGCCUCACCGCGCUUGGAUUUUACAAAAGUGGGUGACUGUACGAUCCUUGGCAGUGUUCUGAGACUGUACAGUCACUUUUGCCCUGCUGGUGGACUUUACUGCAUUUUCACAAUUGUGCGUCUUUUUUUCUGUUAUUUAACGCGAGUGUUUGCGGUGGUUUGGACCGUGUUCUGUUUGAACAGAGGUCUCACUGCUGACGAACUGCGGGAAUUACGAGGGAACAGAGAGAUGACAGCUGAGAAAGAGAAGAAGAGAUGCAGCUCAGAGCGGCGUAAGGAGAAAUCCCGUGAUGCGGCGCGCUGCAGGCGCAGUAAGGAGACGGAGGUGUUCUACGAACUUGCUCACCAGCUGCCCCUCCCACACAGCAUCAGCUCACACCUGGAUAAAGCAUCCAUCAUGAGACUGGCCAUCAGCUUCCUGCGGACACGCAAACUCCUCACCUCAGGCUAUGUUGCUGCCACAGAGACGACAGAUGUAGACAGACUGAUGGACAGUUGGUAUCUGAAGUCACUGGGCGGCUUCAUUACCGUGGUUACAUCAGACGGAGACAUGAUCUUCUUAUCAGAGAACAUCAACAAAUUCAUGGGUCUCACACAGGUGGAACUAACAGGGCACAGCAUCUUUGAUUUCACUCACCCCUGUGACCAUGAAGAGAUCCGUGAGAACCUCAGCCUCAAAGCCGGCAUGGGAAAGAAAGGCAAGGAGCUGAACACCGAGAGGGAUUUCUUCAUGAGAAUGAAAUGCACAGUCACGAAUCGCGGGCGCACCGUCAACCUCAAGUCAGCCAGCUGGAAGGUCCUGCACUGCACAGGGCACCUGAAGGUGUGUAACGGCUGUCCCGCACGAGUGCUCUGUGGUUAUAAAGAGCCGCCGCUCACCUGUGUAGUCAUGAUGUGCGAGCCCAUUCCCCAUCCAUCAAACAUCGACACACCACUCGACAGCAAGGCGUUUCUGAGUCGCCACAGCAUGGACAUGAAGUUUACUUACUGUGAUGACAGAGUUACUGAGUUGAUGGGUUACAGUCCUGAAGAUCUUCUCGGUCGAUCUGCAUAUGACUUCUACCACGCUCUGGACUCGGACAACGUCACCAAAAGCCACCAGAACCUGUGCACCAAAGGCCAGGCGGUGAGUGGUCAGUACAGGAUGUUGGCUAAGAAUGGGGGCUACGUGUGGGUGGAGACCCAGGGUACAGUCAUCUACAACAGUCGCAACUCCCAGCCCCAGUGCAUUGUGUGCGUGAACUACGUGCUGAGUGACGUUGAGGAGAGAUCCAUGAUAUUCUCUAUGGACCAGACUGAGUCUUUGUUCAAGCCUCACAACUUGAAAAGUUUCUUCAGUCCAAGCAAAAUAUCCCUGGGCAGUGAUCCAGGUGAAGUGCUCUUCACCAAACUCAAAGAGGAGCCUGAAGAACUCACCCAGCUGGCACCUACACCUGGUGACACCAUCAUCUCUCUUGACUUUGGUCAGCCCCAGUAUGAGCAGCACCCAAUGCUCAGCAAAGUGUCUUCUCUUGCUCCUCCUGUUUCUCACUCUAUUCAUGACGGCCAUAAGACGAGCUACGCUGGAGACAUGCCCAAGAUGGCCGCCACCUUCUCUGUGCCCCAAGCUCCGCCUCCCAGUAGUGCAACUCCCAGCCUAAGCAGUUGCUCUACGCCCAGCAGCCCCGGAGAUUACUAUACCCCAGUGGACAGUGACCUGAAGGUGGAGCUGACUGAGAAACUGUUUUCAUUGGACACACAAGAGACUAAGGCUUCCUGCAACCAAGAGACUGACUUGAGUGAUCUGGACUUGGAGACUCUGGCUCCCUACAUCCCCAUGGAUGGUGAGGACUUCCAGCUCAAUCCCAUCUGCCAGGAAGAGCCGGCAUCUGAGAUUGGAGGCCUGGCAACUAACCAGCAGAGCUUCAGCAACAUCACAAGCCUCUUCCAACCCUUGGGGUCGCCUUCAGCCGCCCACUUCCAGCCCAACAUGAGUUCAGGAGGGGAUAAGAAGAGCAUCACCGGAAGUUCUGUAGGGUCAUGGCCAUCCAUUCCCUAUAGCAGGGGCCCCAUGCAGAUGCCUCCUUACCACGAUCCUGCCGACACCCCACUGUCCUCUAUGGGAGGGCGUCAGAAUCUGCAGUGGCCACCUGACCCUCCGUUACCCAGCAAGGCUGGAAUGAUGGAUCCUUUAGCUGCAAAGCGCUCUUGCCAAACCGUGCCAGCAAAUCGAAUGCCACCUUAUUUGCAAAGGCCCGUGGAGAACUUUGUGCAGAACUACAGAGAUAUGAGUCCAGCUCGACUUGCUCUCGCUAACAGUUUCAAGCGCUCGUUCACGCAGAUGACCAUGGGUGAGUCAUCCCCCACUAAGUCACAACAGGCACUGUGGAAGAGACUUCGGAAUGAGAGCUGUGCCGUCAUGGACAGGAAAUCACUCAGCACUAGCGCUUUGUCAGACAAAUGCAUGGCCCAUAAUAGAGGCAUGGACCACCAGCACAGGAAGACCCAGUAUUCGGGUAAUCAGACCGGACAGGCAGCAAAGUGCUACCGAGAACAGUUUUGUAACUACAGAGAGUUCAGCAUGCAGCCUUCCUCCAAAAUGGAUGGAAUUGCGAGUCGUCUUAUCGGGCCCUCCUUCGAGACCUACUCUCUGCCUGAACUGACGCGUUACGACUGCGAGGUCAACAUCCCGUUGCAAGGCAAUCUUCAUUUGCUGCAAGGCAGUGACCUCCUAAGAGCAUUAGACCAGUCCACUUAGACCAGCUUCUACUCUAGCCCACAGAAAUGCAAUCCCUCUUUCCCUGACCCUAUCACUCAUCUCACCCUCACCAGCCUGACAAUAACCAUUCCAGCUUUAGCACACCUCAGCUUGUACACAGACAUGCUUAUACACCCUCUCACAGUCAUACCUACCUUAUUGCAUACAUGAUAAAUGUAGCUAUGAUUCUAUUUUUAUUGUCUACAUCUUCAUAAAUUAUAUACAUGUACUAUUUUUUUUAGUUACAAGACCGUUUCUGAAUGAAUUUAAGUAUUUUUGGAGGAGUUUAAAUGUUGUGUUGUCUUCGGCUGGCUCUGUGUUUCUCUGCUUGUCAGAUGAUUUCAUUGAAGCUGUUUUCAGCAUAUUUUCCUCAUCUUUUCCUCUAUCAAUGUCACACAAAAAAAAAAAGAAAGAAAAAAAAAUCUACUGUAAGCUACUUGUUUUUAAAUGUUCUAAUUUCUUUCAUUUGUUCUAACUUUCCUACCUCUGGCACAUCAUUAAAGACCCCAUGAAAUAUAAAUGUCAGUUUUGAGCUUGUCUAUACGCUAGUGCGGUGAUUCCCAAUCUGGUGUCCAAGGUGUGUGUAAUUCAAGCCACUUUAUUUAAUAAAUAUCAAUAAUAGUUCUCCUUCCAUUUGCUUCUCAACUCUUUCCUCACACAAAUGUGUUCGCUCCAAAUGAAGGGUUGCCAGAUAUCCAGAUAAAAAAGCAACCUGGUCUAAUACAUACAGCGACCUCAAUUAUUGUGCUUUCGGUAGCAGAUAGUAUUCUCAAAACAAGCCCCUUAAAAUGCAUUAUAAUAAGCAGAAAUGACAAAACCAGUAUUUUCUAGAUAUUAACCAGAUAUUACCAGUAUUCUACUAAAUUAAAAGGCAAGAAAUGUAAUAUAUUAUGAAUAAAAUAGUUCAAUGUGAAAUAUUUAAAUAUUAUUUAAAACAAUCAGAUGACAUGGAUUAUUAUAAUAAUUCAACACAUUACGUAAGGAGAGUGGCUUUAAGGACAUAAGAUUGGGAACCACCGUGCAAGUGUACUACUAAAAUCUAGACUUGUUUGGGAAAAUGGAGAAAAAUAUUGAUGUACUGCAACAAUUUUUGUCCAAUCAGAUUCUCUGAAUGAGCAUUUCCUUCUCUCUGCAAUCAGCUAGUAAAUAGCAAAUCAUGGUUCAAGACUGUAACAUAAAGCCAAUUUAAAAUAAUAAUAAUAAUAAUAAUAAUCCUUCAAUAUUUCCAACCCAAACUUCCUUUUUCAGCAGGAAAACUGUCCCAGCAAGUAAUUUCAUGGGGUCUUUAUACCUUGUAUUCACUGACCACUUUCAAUGUUAAUGUUAUUCAUGUGCCUUUGUUCGAAUUGUGGCAAUACUGUGUUUCUGUCUCUGAUUUGGUUUAUUGCCUUAUAGUGCAGACCACUUUAAAUACAUAUAUUUUUGUCAAUUUAGCUGUAAACAUACAUAUUUAAAGGAAGAUGCUCUAAGAUUUCUACUCUAGAUUUCUACUUUGAUGAUAAAGUUAAGCAUUUAAUUGUUCUGGUACUUUGUCUUGUCUACUCAGUAGAUGUGAAUCAGAGUCCUUAUAGAGUCUGCAGUGCUGGUGUCCUGUGUUCGUUCUUGGUGGCAUUUUUCUGGAAAUAUGCAAAUGCAUAUUACAUUUAUUGGCAGGCCAGUACAGUUGGGUUCAAAAUUUGGAGUUUUAAUAUAAUAAAAAAAUUAAUCUGUUUUAGAUAUGUUAUGUAGCAUCCUUAAAGGAGUUUAAUCUUAGUUAUCUCUUGCAUUGUUUGAAGAUGGUGCUUCAUGCAGUCUGACCCAUAUGCAUAUUUAGAUAAUAACAUUAAUUGUCUUUUUAUUUGAAUUACCCUGAGGUUAUCUUUAAAGUUGAAUCAUAAAGCAUCCAAAUUGUCUGUUAGGUAUACCCUUUGCAAUAUGUAGCAAUGUAGCAAUGUUUUUUUUUUUUUUUUUUUUUUUUUGUUCGUGUGCUGUUAUGCUUAAACACACAUUUACAGAGAACUUUACAUCUUCUGUUAGAUUGUUAGAUUCUAGUGUAAUUCUAAACCCCUGGUGAAAAAAAAAAAAAAAAAGGUGACACAAUUGCUAAGAUUUAAUGUAAUUCAAGGUACAAAGAUAAGGUUUGGCACACAAUCCAGUAUUUAAAGUAAUAGCCAGUUUUGUGACCAGACUGGAGAUGUGUUGCUUUAUGGUGGAUUAGCUGUGUGAGACUGUGUUUGAGUGAGUGGCUAUGCACAACUAACAAAGGUAAUUCAUCACAGGAGUGAAUGGCACAAAAUCUGUCCAGGUCAUAUUUCACUCCAAAGAAGAAAAAAAAAAAAACUGUAAAUUAUAUUAUAUGAUUAUAAGAAAUUUCUUUCCUAUAAUUAUUUGAAUACAAAAAACCAAAAACAAAACAAAAAAAUCAUUAAAGCAGAAAAACAAGGAUACAAUUGAAGUCAUAUACAUCCUUUUUUAAUAUAUCUUUUAGCAGUAUGUUCUGCUGAUUUCAGUUUAUACUCUUAUAAAAUUUAAUGAGAAUUAUCAUUGACAAAUAAUGGGAAUUACGGAAUUUGUGACCCUGGACCACAAAACCAGUCAUAAUUCUCAUGGGUAUACUUAGCUAUUAUGGCAAUAGCCAACAAUACAUUGUAUGGGUCAAAAUUAUCGAUUUUUCUUUUAUGCCAAAAAUCAUUAGGAUAUUAAGUAAAGAUCAUGUUCCAUGAAGAUAUUUAAAUUAUUUUUUGUGAGUAGAUAUGCAUUGCUAAGGACUUCAUUUGGACAUCUUUAAAGGCAGAUUUUUUUUUUUUUUUUUUUUUUGCACCCUCAGAUUCCAGAUUUUCAAUAGUUCCAGAUAUUCCAAUAGUUGUAUCGUGGCCAAAUAUUGUCCUGUCCUAACAAACCAUAAAAUAAUGGAUGGUGUAUAAAUCUCAAUUUCAAAAAAUGUACCCUUAUGACUGGUUUUGUGGUCCAGGGUCACAUUUAAGGGGGAAAAAUGUCUCAAUGCUCUACAUAUGUACAGUGCUGGGCAUUAACUGAUUUUAUGUAAUCUGGAUUACAUAAUCAGAUUCCAAAAAUCACUUGUAGUCCAAAAUUACAAGUACUCCGAAAAGUACUUUUAAAAUGCUCCUAUUUAAAACAGAUUAAAGCUAUUUUUUUAUUGAUUUAUAUAUUAUAAACGCAGUACAUUAUUCAUAAUUUAUUGAUAUUUCCCUAUUUUACAUGUCUCUUUAGAUUAUGCAGGAAAACAAAUAAAAUGUAGAUUUUCUUUUUAUUGUUUUUAUUUUAAAGUGAUUUAUUGCCUUAUUUUACAUCAUUAUGAUUUAAUUAAGUAUUAGAUUUUCAUCAACUCACGAACCCCUAAAGCACUUUGUUGUAGAAAGUUUUAUAUUUCUGUUUGUAUUUUUAUGUCUUAAUGAGGUACAAAAUAAUCUUAUUCAAAUCUAUAUGAUACAUGAGUUAGGUCAAAAGUAAUCUAAAACUAAUCAAAUAGUGGUCACAUUAUAUUACCUAAAAUGUGUAAUCCUAAAAGAUUACGUCACUAACUACAAUUUCUGUCAUGAAAUUUGUAAUCAGUAAAGCACUACAAUUUGUAAGUAAUCUACCCAGCACUGUGUGUAUAUAAUUUUGAGGUAAAAUGUGACCUGGUCAUGUUUUAGUGAUAUUUACUCAGACUUUAAUACUUAACUGAAAUGUGCAUGUUCACUAUAGGUUCUAACAUGUCUUGAGGCUUAUAGGUAUUUUAACUCCUUGAACUAUCCAGAUGUUACAGUAAGUCAGAGAUUUAAAACUAGAUUUCACAGACUAGAUUUUGAUGCUCAAGACUCGCAUAGAUUGACACUCCUAUCUGGUACAAUGAUAGACAGUUACAGUAGACACAAUACGAGAGUAGGAGAGAGACCGGUAGACGGAUAACGUGUGUCCGAGCUGUGAGGGGUCCACUGAUUCCGAUCUCUCCAGACAUUUCCUCAUCUUGGAUAAGAUGGAUCACUCUUUGUGUCUAGGGCAAACUAUAUUGUUGGUUGAAAUGUUGAAUAUUUCCCAGAAUAAACCAUAUACAGCUACACUGAAUCGACUAAAUUAUAUUUUAUGUCUAGGUCAGAGAAAUUCAUAUGCUUUUAAAAAGCUACAUUUUUAGUAAAUGGUAAUAAUUUCAUAUGUAAACUGUUACAGGUGCCUUAACAAAAGCAAAUCUAGGUCACUGCCGUUUAGUCACUCAGAAAUUAAGCUAUAAAGCAAUGCAGUAUACUAAUUACUUGAAUUUUCAGAUGUUAAUGCCAGUGGAGGAAAUGGUAAUCUUGUAAUCUGUAGUUUUCUCAAAGUAGUGCAGCCAUAAUGAUGAUGAUGAUGUUUCAGUGAGAGUUGUGCUUUUGAAUGUGCAGAGAGUGCUGGUACAUGUAUGUCUGUCUAAUACCUACUACUAUGAUGGUCAUUCACCAGACUGAGACCCCAUGAACCCAUUACGGCUUUUGAAUUUCGAAUGUUACUGCCCUUAUGUGCUCGAUUUGGUUUUAUGCUUAUUCUCCAACUUUAAAGACAACAUUUGGAUGCUGAUACAUAAAUUAGGCUGAUACAUAAAUUAAAAAGUAAGCAAGUACGUACAGUACAUAUUUUAAUAUGCUAAAUGUAUAUUGACAUUAUUAUAAUACUGUUAAUAUGAUUAUUGUUGACAUUACUGUAUGGGAAAUUUUACCCAAUAAGUUGUAUCUCUGCACUGAUAUCUUAUUAAAGCAUAUCAAUCUUC